AUGGCUAGAUACCCAAUAAUCAGUGCAACGGAUAUUCCGUACCUUGGUGUGUUAAUUAGGGACAUGUUCAAAGAUGUUCCAGUCCCAACAUAUCGACAAGAACGGAUUGGGCGUAUGACCUGGUUACUUGCAGUGAUGAUUGUUAUGUAUUGCAUCUCAUAUCAUUUCCCAACGAGUAUCAAAUUUGAGUCAUGCUUUGUUGCCAUGAUUCUCAUCGAAGCCGUGAUUUGA